CGCACGGCUGACGCCCAGCGGCGCCAAGAACUUAGCGCCCGGGACCUGACUCGCGGACCCGGCGACUCUUCGCAGCCUCAGCUUGUGCGCGCCACACCUCAGACCCGGCUUUCAAAUUCAUUAAAUACAAGUAAGGAAUACAGGCAACAUGUUCUACACACAUGUGCUUAUGAGUAAACGAGGGCCAUUGGCCAAAAUAUGGCUUGCAGCUCACUGGGAGAAGAAACUCACGAAGGCCCAUGUAUUUGAAUGUAAUCUAGAGAUAACCAUUAAAAAAAUUCUUUCACCCAAGGUGAAAAUUGCACUCCGAACUUCAGGACACCUUCUUUUGGGAGUUGUUCGAAUUUAUAACAGGAAGGCAAAAUACCUUUUGGCAGAUUGCAGUGAAGCAUUUCUUAAAAUGAAGAUGACAUUUCGCCCAGGACUGGUUGACCUGCCAAAAGAGAAUUUUGAAGCAUCUUACAAUGCUAUCACAUUGCCAGAAGAAUUUCAUGAUUUUGACACCCAAAAUAUGAAUGCUAUUGAUGUUUCAGAGCACUUUACUCAGAAUCAAUGCAGACCAGAAGAAAUCACUAUUAGAGAAAAUUUUGACAAUGAUCUACUUUUUCAAGCUGAGGGCUUUGGGGAGGAAUCUGAAAUUCUCAGAAGACAUAGCUUCUUUGAUGACAACAUAUUACUGAAUUCCAGCGGUCCUUUAAUUGAACAUAGUUCCGGAAGCCUCACUGGAGAAAGAUCUCUGUUCUGUGACAGUGGAGAUGGGUUUGGAGAUGAAGGAGCUACAGGAGAAAUGAUUGACAAUCUAUUGCAAGAUGACCAGAAUAUCCUGAUAGAAGACAUGCAUUUGAACAGAGAAAUUUCCCUGCUUCCUGAACCUCCCAGUAGUUUAGUGGUUGAAACAGAUAACCCAGAGUGUAUAUGUGUACCUGAAAAUGAAAAAAUGGAUGAAACAACCUUAUUAUCAACUGAAGAGGAAGGAUUUACCCUUGAUCCAAUUGAUAUUUCAGACAUUGCUGAGAAAAGGAAAGGCAAAAAGAGGAGAUUGCUCAUAGAUCCUGUCAAGGAGCUCAGUAGCAAAGUUAUACAAAAACAGCUUACUUCCUUUGCGGACACACUCAUGGUUUUGGAACUUGCACCUCCUACCCAAAGAUUGAUGAUGUGGAAGAAAAGGGGAGGAGUGGAUACACUUCUGUCAACUGCUGCCCAGGAUUUGAUUCAUGCUGAACUGAAGAUGUUGUUUACAAAAUGCUUUCUGCCCUCUGGCUUUAAACUUGGAAGAAAAAUGAUACAGGAGUCAGUAAGGGAAGAAGUGGGAAACCAAACUAUAGUAGAGACAUCCAUGACACAAGAGCCAAAUUCCCAGCGAGAGUUAAGUAAACCCCAAACUUGGAAGGAUGUGAUUGAUGGAACUCAACAUAGCUCUCAUGAGGAUACCAAUAAAAAUAUUGACUCUGAGGAUAUUGUUGAAAUGGUGUCUUUAGAUGCUGAGGAAUCAUCUUUAACGAAUGACUUCUUGGCAAAAGAAAUUGAAUAUAGUCCAGUUGAAUUGGAGUCAUUGAGGAAUGAACAAAAUAUUGAGACAGAGAGAUGGAAUCGAAGAAUACUUCAUAUGUUAAAUCAUUUACGGGAAUCUAACAAGAUGGGAAUGCAGUCCUUUAGUCUGAUGAAGCUCUGUAGAAAUAGUGACCGAAAACAAGCAGCUGCCAAAUUUUAUAGCUUUCUUGUCCUAAAAAAACAGCAGGCUAUCGAGCUGAGCCAGAGUGCUCCCUAUGCAGAUAUUAUAGCUACGAUGGGACCAAUGUUUUAUAAAAUGUGAAGGAAAUCCAGACAUACAGAUUUAUGUCAUCACUGGAGUUUCUGUGUAGAUAGUUGAAUUUAAUGCGGAAGCCAUCUGGAAGCAGCUGAAGGUCUGAUCCAUUUCAUAGAUAGGCUGACCUAUUUCCUCUCUGUAGUUCAGAAUAAUCAUAUCUAGAAUUGGAAACCUACAUACUUACAAAGAAAUAUUUUAAAUUCUUUUUUUUUUUUUUU